AUGGCUGAGCAGCAGGUUCCCACCUUCAAGCUUGUGCUUGUUGGCGAUGGUGGCACUGGCAAGACCACCUUUGUCAAGCGUCACUUGACUGGUGAGUUCGAGAAGAAGUACCUGGCCACCCUGGGUGUCGAAGUUCACCCUCUUGGCUUCACCACCAACUUUGGUCAGAUCCAGUUCGAUGUCUGGGACACUGCCGGUCAGGAGAAGUUUGGUGGUCUCCGCGACGGCUACUACAUCAACGGCCAGUGCGGUAUCAUCAUGUUCGACGUCACCUCGCGCAUCACCUACAAGAACGUCCCCAACUGGCACCGUGAUCUCGUCCGUGUCUGCGAAAACAUCCCCAUUGUCCUCUGCGGUAACAAGGUCGAUGUGAAGGAGCGCAAGGUCAAGGCCAAGACCAUCACCUUCCACCGCAAGAAGAACCUCCAGUACUACGACAUCUCUGCCAAGUCGAACUACAACUUCGAGAAGCCCUUCCUCUGGCUCGCCCGCAAGCUCGUCGGCAACCCCCAGCUGGAGUUCGUCGCUGGUGUCGCUCUGGCUCCUCCCGAGGUGCAGGUUGACGAGAAGCUCCUGGAGGAGUACCGCCAGGAGAUGGCCAAGGCCACGGAGAUGCCCCUGCCCGACGAGGACGACGACGAUUUGUAA